AUGUACGACUUGGUUGAGAAAUACAUGAUACACAGCCCGUGCGGUCAUGCGAAUUUGAAUUCACCUUGCAUGAAGAAUGGCGUUUGCACGAAAAGGUUUCCAAAGAAGUUUGCACAGCGAACUGAGGCCGAUGAUGAUGGUUACCCUGUAUAUAGGAGAAGGGACGAUGGAAGAACGGUUAUGAAGAAAAACACAAUUCUUGACAAUGGUUUUGUGGUUCCUUACAACCGUACAUUAUUGAGUAAGUACCGAGCCCACAUCAACAUCGAGUUGUGCAACCAGAGCAAGUCAAUAAAGUAUUUGUUCAAGUACGUCAACAAAGGACAUGAUCGUAUCACAGCAACAUUUUUUCAACCUCCGUCUACGGACGCCGCUUCUGUUGUACGUGAUGAAAUCAAGAUGUACUAUGAUUGUAGAUAUUUAUCUGCGUGCGAGGCGAUGUGGAGGAUUUUUGCAUUCGAUAUACACUACAGGGAUCCCCCUGUCAUUAGAUUGAGCUUCCAUCUCCCCGACAAUCAGCCGUUGAUAUUUAAUGAGAACCAACCUUUAAAGAGUGUCCUGGAAACACCAACAGCAAAGCAAACCAUGUUUUUUGCGUGGUUCGAGGCGAACAAGAAGUACCCACCAGCUAGGGAAUUACGGUAUGGAGAGUUUCCCCAGCAUUAUGUGUACAAGGAGGAUUCUCGCAGAGGGUGCACCAGUUACGAAGACAUACGAACGGUUGGUGGCAAUGUUUACGCGACGUUUAAGGAUGCAUGCUAUAUUUUGGGGCUGCUUGAGGAUGACAAGGAGUACAUUGGUGCAAUCAAAGAGGCGUACGGUUGGGCAAACGGCCACUUUCUCAGACUGUUGUUUGCUGUUAUGCUGAUUUCUAACAGUUUGAGCAGACCGGAAUAUGUUUGGGAGAGUUGUUGGUCGAAUUUGUCCGAUGACAUUACAUACAAGCACCAAAUGCGCCAUAAUAAUCCAGGUUUGACUCUAUCAGAUGAUAGUUUGAAGAACUAUGCGUUGAUUGAAAUCAAGAAAAUCCUACAAAGCAACGGCAAGAGCUUGCGGAAUUUUGACUCUAUGCUAAUGCCACUACAUCCGUCGAAUGACACAGAGAAUCGAUUAGUGCUCGAUGAGUUGGACUACGACGUCUUUGAGUUGGCUGAAGAACUGAAACAAUAUCUAUCUUCUAUCACAGACGAGCAGAGAAAGGUUUACGAUACCAUCACGGAUGUUGUAUCGAAAAAUAGCGGCGGGAUGUACUUUCUCUACGGUCACGAAGGAACAUGA